UGCUGAGAGUAGUAGACGAUCUCGAUCUCUCUCAGACAGACAGUAUCUAUCGUCAUGGCGAGUAGUGCUGCUGCGCCAUGGUCGUUAACGUUGUUCUUCCUCCCGCUGUGUUUCCUCCUCGUCGUCUCCGUGGCGCUCGGCGCCCAUGAUGUCAACAAGCCCGGGGGCCACUACAACCUCAGCAGGGAGACCUUCCCUCCCGGCUUCGUCUUCGGGACGGCGUCGUCGGCGUACCAGGUGGAGGGCAACACGCGAAAGUUCGGACGAGGCCCCUCCAUCUGGGACACUUUCCUCAAGUAUCCAGGCACUACUCCUGAUAACGCGACAGCGGAUGUGUCGGUCGACGAGUACGAUCGCUACAUGGAUGAUGUGGACAAUAUGGUCCGGGUUGGAUUCGACGCGUACCGCUUCUCGAUCUCAUGGUCGCGCAUUUUCCCCAGUGGAAUUGGGAGGGUCAACAAGGACGGCGUGGACUAUUACCACAGGCUCAUCGACUACAUGUUGGCUAACCAUAUUACUCCCUAUGUUGUUCUCUACCACUACGACCUUCCUCAGGUGCUGCAAGACCAGUACAAUGGCUGGUUAAGCCCCAGAAUUGUGCCUGAUUUCACAGCAUUCGCAGAUUUUUGCUUUAAGACAUACGGCGAUCGGGUGAAGUUUUGGUUCACCAUCAACGAGCCCCAGAUGGUGGCUAGCCAUGGCUACGGAGACGCCUUCUUCCCCCCUGGCAGAUGCACUGGUUGCUACUUCGGCGGCAAUUCCGCCACCGAGCCGUACAUCGCCGGCCAUCACCUUCUUCUUUCGCAUGCUGCUGCUGUCAAGCUAUACCGCGAGAAGUACAAGGUUCAUCAGGGUGGAAAGAUUGGCAUCCUGCUUGACUUCGUCUGGUAUGAGCCGCUCACCAAGUCGAUCGAGGACGAGUUCGCGGCGCACCGGGCUAGGAUGUUCACCCUUGGCUGGUUCCUGCACCCAAUCACCUACGGCCAUUACCCGGAGACGAUGGAGAAGAUAGUGAUGGGAAGGCUGCCCAAUUUCACCUUCGAGCAGUCUGCAAUGGUGAAAGGUUCAGCAGAUUACAUCGCCAUCAACCACUACACGACGUAUUACGCCAGCAACUUCGUCAACGAGACACAUACGAGCUAUCUCAACGACUGGCAUGCCAAAAUUUCAUAUGAGCGAGACGGCGUGCCCAUUGGUCCAAGGGGAUACUCGGACUGGCUCUACGUUGUUCCAUGGGGGCUCUAUAAGGCUCUCAUUUGGACAAAGGAGAAGUUCAACAACCCUGUCAUGCUCAUCGGCGAAAACGGAAUUGACCAGUCGGGAAAUGAAACUUUGCCGCACGCCCUGUAUGACAAGUUCAGGAUAGACUACUUCCAGAAGUACCUUCAGGAGCUCCAAUAUGCCAUACGCGAUGGUGCAAAUGUCUUCGGGUACUUUGUGUGGUCUCUGCUAGACAACUUUGAGUGGCGGCUCGGCUACACCUCCAGAUUUGGAAUUGUACAUGUGGACCGAAGCACGUUCGUUCGGUACCCCAAGGACUCAGCUCGAUGGUUCCGGAAGGUGAUCAAGAACGAGGACUAAAUUAAGGAACUGUACGUACGUGUCGUGGUGGCUUGUUUAAUUAGUCGCGUUUUAAUUUAAUUUGGGGCCAUGUUUGGUUGGUCCUUGUGAAUAAACGUCAAGUAGUUUAUUAGGACUUCGAAUAAAUUAAAGAAGGUUCUUUUCUUCUCCCUUUUUUUAUA